AUGAAUGAAUUUGAUAAGUAGAAGUUUUUAGAUUAAGUAAAGGAUGUUUUUUAAAAGAAGAGCAGAAACUCAAAAGAUAAAUAACUGAUCAGAGAGUUUUUUAGAUCUUAUAGUGAAUGGGAGUUUUGGGAAAAGAUUACUAAAAAUAGUGACAAGUUACUUGAUUUGUUGGCUGAAAAAUUUAAAUUAGUAGAAUUUGAGCAGGAUACUCCUAUUUAGGUUAGUCAAAGCUAAUAAGAAAAAAAUGUUAUAGUCUUGGUUUAAGGAAGUAUUGAAAUUAAAUACGAAGCUUAAAACCCAAAUUAUAUGAUAGAUAAUGAACAAAUAAAUCAACCAUAAGAGUAUUAUGAUCCUGAAGAAUCUUUAAAUUAUAGCGAAAAGGAUCAGAGAUAAAAAUAGAAAAAUAAUAAGAAAAACACUUAAAGUAACAAAGCUUAUAAAACUGUAAAAGAAGAAAUAAAAUAGGAGGUAAGCGAGCUGUUAUAUGAUAAGGGAUAUAAAUUUUAGCAUUACUCAGCAGAAGACUUAUAAUAUGUAGAUGUUAAUAUGAUGUAUUCAAAUAGAAAGAGAGUUAAUUAAUUAACAUUCCAGAAUAGUAUUAAAACUUUAAGACAAAAAAUUAUUAAUGAAGAUGAUGAAUUUUAUUUUUAACCUCCAUAAUUUUUUAACUCAUUUGGCUAAGGUGAGACAUAUUUAGAGCAACCUAAUGUUAUAACUUUUUCAACUGAUUGUAAAUCUGGUUUUGUAUUAAAUAAAUAUCUUUUUAAAAUAAGAGACAUUGAUUAUGAUGAUUUAAGUUAUUACGCUUUAACAGAUAUUUCGUUUUUAACAUUGGAUAUUGAAAGUCUUCAGCAGUUUCUUUUAGAAAGAUUUUCAUACUUAUAAACAUAUGAUACAUUUUUAGAAAAUCUAUUUUCUUAAGAAAAAAUAGUUUUUAGUGAGCAAGAUAUUGAAAAAAUUAAAGACUUGUAUGUUUUAUAAGAAAAUAUUAAACAGGGAGAUAAAAUGAUAAAUACAAGUUAGCAAUAAGAAUUGCUAAAAUUCUAUAUAAUAAAAGAAGGUUUCUUUGAGUUGUAGGUACAGCAGAGCAAAAAUAGGCAUAUAAAAGUUUAAAACUAAUAUAAUUUUAUAGGUAAUCAAAUUAAUUAAAAAUAAAUUAUUACAGUUUAAAACAAAAAGGAGGCUACUGAAUUUAAAACUGUGGCAAUUCUAUAAAAAGGAGAAACUUUUGGUGAGGAAAUUGUUUUUAGUUCAAAAAAAUAAUAUAAAUUCAGUGUUUGUAAAAAGACACCUUAUAGUGAAGUCUUGGAAUUUAAAUUCACAAAUAAAAAUCAUAUCCCAGAAAUAAUAUUGAAAUAUAUUCAAUAAUAAUAUAAUAAGAAAUUGGAAUUAAUAGACAGCGAUGAUGAUGAAGAAAAUGAUUUAUAAGACUCGAUUACUUCAAAAUACAAUUAAUAAGUGGAAAAAUAGUAUUAAAAAAAAGUAGCUUUUUAAGGCUAGAAAUGUAAUAAUUUUAAUAACAAUGUAAAACUUAAUUAAAGCUGUUUUAAUAGCUCAAACGAAAAUGAGGUUAAGCAAGAGAGCUAAAGUAUGGUUAAAAAAAUAGUUGUUAAUGAAUUUCUGCUUGAAUCAUUGAAUUAAAAUAAUUUAAAUAAAAAUAAAAGUAUGUUUGAAAAUCAAUCUUAGAUUAUAUUUGAUUAAAAAAUACGUCCAAAUACAGGUAAGACUAACUAAAGAAUCAGAUUUAAAAGCAGUGAAGAAGAAAAACAAAAUUUUCAAAGCAUCAAUGAGUAAAAAGGUGAAAACGCAUAUUCCCCUAUACCUCUUGUUAUUCAAAAUUUUAGAAAGAAUUAAUUCGUAAAGAAGGCUAUGAAAUUAGAUUAAAGUACUUUAUCAUAUAAUGCUAAGUAGAGAGAAUAAUCUGAAAAACUGUAAAUGAUGAAUUAUUUUCCACCAAUUCAUGCAGUUUACAAGAAAAUGGACAUUGAGUUUUCAAAAAGCUUUGAUAAAAAUAAUUUUACUGCAGAUUCUAAUUAAGAUAAUCAGAAUAUCUAAUAAACAGAAAUAGCUCAUUAAAGGCAAGUAAAAACUGUAAAAUUAAAGCUUGAUUAAAUUCAAGAUGACAACCAAGAUCUAGACGAAAAAUCUUAGUCAUCAUAUAGUUUAAAGGAGAAAUAUAACUCAAACUAACUCAUUCCUGCUAGGAAAAUUCAAAGUAGUAAUUCAGCACGCAGGCACAGAGGAGAAAUAUAAAUUUAAAAGGUUUCAAAUAAAUUAAAUGAAACUAAUGAAAAUUAAAAACUGGACACUCAAACAAAUGAUUUUAAGGAAUAAAAUUUAGAGAACAUAAAAAAUGAAUAUUUUAGAAAUUUAAUUUUGAAUUCUGUCUCUUAAAACAAAGAGCUAAUUUUUUUUAAAGAAAAUUAAACUCCUGAAGUAUCAAGAGUUAUUAAUUAUGGUUUGAAAGGAUCUAAAAUCAGAAGAACUUCACCUAUUGAUAAAUAAAAAAGAGAUGAAAGUUUAAAAAAAAGUCUACUAAUAAAAUUCAUGUAUUAAAUUGAGCACGAUAAAUGGCUCCACGAGUAAGAAAUAAAGAACUAAAUUUUAAGUUAGAUUGAUAAUAAUUCAUCAUCCACUCAUAAAUAGAAAUAUGUUUAAUCAAGUUAAGAUGACAUAAAAAAUAAUACAUUUUAUAUUAAAAGUUAAAGUUCUUCAUUAAGAAAUUUAUAAUAAAAGAAUUCUACUAAAAAUAUGUCAUCUCUAAAAAUAAAUACUUUGGAAAGUAAAGAUAAUAAAUAUCUUAGUGAUAAUUAGUUGGCACAAAGACCACACUCAGCAUCUAAAUUUUAAGCUGAAACACAAGCAACAGACUCAUAAAAAUCAUUAAAUUUAACUACAAUAAUUAACAAUAAAAGUGGCUGUGCUUCCACAAUCAACGAGAAAUCAAAGACAACUAAUAGCUUCUAUUCUCAUUCAAAUAAAUAAAUAAAGCUUAAUAACUUUGAAAAUGAUAGAAACAAUCUAAAGAGCAGCUCUUAAAAAUAAAGAAGUUUAGACCGAGACAUUCCCAAUUAAAAAGUUACCGAAAUUAAAUUAUAAAAUAAAAAUAUAUUAAAUAAAGAAUAAAUAAAAUGUACAUCCCCAAGGAUGGAUUCUAGCUAUUCAAGCAAUAAGAAUCAGACAUUUUAGAAGUAAAAAAAGCAUUUUGAAAAUAAUUCGGAAAAUAAAAUAAAUAAAUUUUAAUUUUAAGAAAAUAACUCAAAUGAAAAGCUAUAAACUGUUUUCUAUCCUGAGAAACCAUUAAACAAGCAAAAAUUUAAAAGCUCAGAAAAUUAAAGAUAAGACAAAAGUAGUCUUAGCAAAGAUAAAAAUAUAAAAACUACUCAACAUAUAGAUAAAUUUAUUUAAUUCUCUCCUAAUCAUAAACAAAACUUACCAUAAAAAGUAAAAAUAAAUGUUAAUAAUUUUAAAAGAUAUUAAAGUGAAUAGAAUUUAAAUGGCAAACAAGAAAGUUUUAUUUAAAAAAACCAACUAAAAACGAUUAAAUAGAAAAAAGGAAUAAGUGAUCCAAACUAAAUUGAUUAAAAGAUUCCUAAAAAUUCAAAAAAACAGAUUGUUGAUGAAAAAAGACUAGAAAAUUCACAAGAUAAAAUUAAAAAAGAAUCAAAUAUUUUAUUAAAUAGAGAAAAGCUUACUAAAGGUUUGAAGAAAUAAGAAUAUUCUAAUGAAUAAACAGAUAAUUAAGUAAAAAAAGCGUAAAAGGAAGUUAAAGUAACAAAUGAAUAGCUUAAAAACAUAAAACAUAUUAAAAAUGAAAAGUCUAUAGAGUCUAAUAAUUAAAGGAUUGUAAAAACAAAAGAAAAAUCUGUCAGUAAAUCUCCAAAUAAAAAUAGUAAUCUAGAAGUUUAGUCAAGCAAAAAAAGAGAAAAUUAGUCAAAAACAUAAAAAAAUAGUAAUGGAUAAGUCAUAGAUUUACAGUAAAACAAUUAAUCAAAUAAAAAAAUAAAAAAGUUAUAAAAAGCAGAAGAAAUGAAGAAAAUUUAUAAAAAUGAAAGUUAACUUGAUAAAAAAUAAAAAUAAAGCCAAUAAAAGGAAAAAAGUGUUUAAUUAAAGAAAAAUUUAUAAAAAAAUGGAGAACAUGAAAGGAAUAGUUCUCAAUCAAGUAGUAAGAAAGACUCAGAAGAUGAAAGUAAUUUAGAAAAAAAAUAAAGUGAAAACAAAGAUGAAUAACCCCCAAAAUAGAAAAACUUGAGUAAACAAAAAUAAAUCUAAAGCAAUAGUGAAAUGUAACAUUAAAGUGAAAGCAAAAGUCAAAAUCUGGUAGAAUAGUAAAAAGAUUAAAGUUUAACAACUUCGAUUAAAAUAGUUAUAUCUUAAGCAGCAGAUGAUAAAAUAUUAAAUACUUAAAAAAAUGGAAAUAAUCUCAAAUAAAUUAAAAAUCUUACAGAAAUUUAGGAAAAUCAAUCAUCAGUAAUUAAUGAUGAUACUCCUAAGUAAAAUAGAUAGAAAAUAAAAUAAAAAUAAAUAAAAGGUUAAGAUAGUGAAAGUAAACAUGAAGAAGAUUAAAAUGAAUAAAUACAUUCUGAGAUAAUUGAAAAAAAAGCAAUUAAAAAAAAAUUAAAUAAUGAAUAAAUCUAGUAAAGUGAAAAUAUUGAGAAGUAAAAAGUAGCUGAAGAGUUCACUGUAAAAAAAAUAAUAAGAAAAAAUAAAUUUAAGUAAGAUGAUUGA